AUGAGAUUACAUUCUGUUCUGGGCCUCAUCGGUCUGGGUUACCUGGCAUCUGCCUCGAAUCUUCGAACUCGGGAUUACGACGCUCAAGAUUACUAUGUUCUCCAUCUCGACUCGACUACUCCACCUUCGCAGGUAGCCCUCCAGCUAGGCUUCACGUACGAGGGCAAGCUUGGGGAAUUACAAGAUCAUCACAUAUUCUCAUGUCAUAAGCAGGAAGGGGAUCUUGUACAUACAGCACUGAAAGAGCGGAGGCGGCGAAAACGAUCCAUUGGUGGAUCAGACAUCCUCGAUGGAGUCAAGUUUGCACAAAAACAGAAGAUAAAGGCUCGAAUGGAGAAGAGGGGACCGCUACCUCCGCCACCUGCGGGAUAUGCUGCGCCGAUUGAAGAGCGACAGGAAUCACCGGCGGAGGCUGUCCUUGCAAAGCAAGCUGCCGUUGCGGCAGCUCUGGGGAUACAGGAUCCUAUAUUCCACGAACAAUGGCAUCUCCUCAACCCGGUGCAAGUCGGUCAUGAUGUCAACGUAACGGAUGUGUGGAUGCAGGGCAUCACAGGACACAACGCAACUGUGGCGAUAGUCGACGAUGGGUUGGACAUGUAUAGCGACGACUUGAAAGACAACUAUUUUGCAGAGGGGUCGUACGACUUCAACGACAAUGUUCUGGAGCCGAAGCCCCGGUUAGCAGACGACAGGCACGGCACACGUUGUGCUGGCGAGGUUUCCGCGGUGAAGAACAAUGUCUGCGGGGUUGGCGUUGCUUGGAACUCGAAAAUCGCAGGCAUUCGGAUUCUCUCCAAGAUGAUCAGUGAUGCGGAUGAAGCUGUGGCGAUGAACUACGCAUUCCAGCAUAAUCAAAUUUAUUCCUGCUCUUGGGGCCCUCCAGAUGAUGGAAGAUCUAUGGACGCCCCUGGUAUACUCAUCAAGCGAGCAAUGCUCAACGCUGUCCAGAAUGGGAGAGCAGGAAAAGGGUCCAUCUACGUUUUUGCGUCUGGAAAUGGCGCCAGCAACGAGGACAACUGCAAUUUCGAUGGGUACACGAACAGUAUUUAUAGCAUUACCGUUGGUGCUAUUGACCGAAAAGGCCUUCACCCAUACUAUUCCGAGAAGUGCUCCGCACAGUUAGUCGUAACCUACAGCAGUGGAAGUGGAGACGCUAUCCACACCACUGAUGUCGGUGCCAAUGCAUGCUACAGUGGACAUGGCGGCACUUCAGCAGCUGCACCUUUAGCAGCUGGUAUCUUCGCCCUGGUAUUACAAAUCCGGCCGGAUUUGACGUGGAGAGACAUGCAAUAUUUAGUUAUGCAAACUGCUCUGCCUGUCAAUUUGGAGACAGGAGACUGGCAAGAUACCAGUAUUGGACUGAAGUAUAGCCAUACUUUUGGAUAUGGCAAAAUCGAUAGCUGGGCAACAAUUGAAGCUGCCAAGACAUUCAAGAAUGUCAAGCCACAAGCUUGGUAUUACUCUCCAUGGAUUCACGUCAACCAGGCGAUCCCACAAGGACUAGAAGGGUUGGCAGUAUCUUUUGAAGUUCUUCCCGAAAUGCUACAAGCAGCAAAUCUCGAACGCCUUGAACAUGUCACUGUCACGAUGAAUGUGGCGCACACGAGAAGAGGAGAUCUAAGUGUCGAUCUUGUCAGUCCCGACAAAGUCGUCAGCCACCUCUCUGCAACGCGUAAACUGGAUACCGCUGCUGAAGGCUAUGAUGACUGGACGUUCAUGUCGGUUGUUCAUUGGGGUGAAUCUGGAAUCGGUACAUGGACCAUUGUUGUCAAAGACACUAUUGUUAACGAAUUCAAUGGCACCUUCGUUGACUGGCAUCUCAAACUUUGGGGUGAAGCCAUCGACGCCUCCAAAGCAACUCCCCUCCCAAUGCCUUCCGAACAUGAUGAUGACAACCACGAUCAAGUCAUCUCCACCACCACCAUCGUAGGGACUACUACAACACUGGCUCCUGUCAGUACCCAGACCAACCUAAUGGCAAAUCCUACGGACCACCCAGACAGACCUGUGAACUCAAAGCCUUCGGGCACAACCGAGGACGAAAAUACUCCUACCUCUACCGGUAACCCCGCUGCAACGACCAGCUCUUCCAGCUGGCUGCCAUCCUUGUUCCCAACAUUUGGGGCCUCACCCAAGACCCAAAUCUGGAUCUAUGGCUCCGCAGCUCUUAUAGCAAUAUUCGGGGCCGCCAUAGGCAUCUACCUUUGGAUCGCCCGUCGCAAGAGACUACGCAACAACCCCAGAGAUGAAUGGGAGUUCGACUUGCUCGAGGAAGACGAAGCAGACGGCCUGAACGGCGGCGGCAAAGUUGGUGGCAAGAAGGGAGGCAAGCGAAGAGCAGGCGAGCUGUACGAUGCUUUCGCAGCAGGCAGCGAAGACGAGAGUGAGGGAGAGUAUGUAGACGGUAUCGAGGGUGGUGAUGAGCAGGAGAAGAGGCUCUAUGAGGACAGUGACGAUGAGGGGAGGCAUGUGAUCGGGGACGAUGAAGAUGAAGAAGAG